AUGUCCUUCGAUAGACCUGAAAUAUACAGUGCACCUGUCUUGCAAGGGGACUCCCCCAACGAGGACGAUAAUGCUGAAAUUAUCAAAUCAUUCAAAAAUUUCAUUUUGGAAUUUAGAUUGGAUUCUCAAUUUAUUUACAGAGAUCAAUUAAGAAAUUCAUUGCUGGUCAAGAAUUAUUCAUUAAAUGUGAACAUGGAACAUUUAAUCGGUUAUAACGAAGAUCUAUUCAAAAGAUUAUCAGAUGGUCCCUCAGACGUUAUUCCAUUAUUUGAAACUGCCAUUACUCAAGUGGCAAAGAGAAUCACACUUUUAAAUAGGUCUUCACAAAAUGAAAAUGGUACAGCCAACGAAACGGAUGAUCUAGAUACAAGAAAUUCCAUCUCAUCAGCGUUAAUACCUAAUUUCCAGUUAAUCUUAACAUCUACGGCAAAUCAAACUCCAUUAAGAUCAUUAGAUUCGGAGCACGUAUCCAAGAUUGUUCGUCUUUCGGGGAUCAUCAUAUCUGCCUCAGUUCUAUCAUCAAGAGCCACUCAUUUGUCCCUAAUGUGUAGAUCAUGUAGACAUACCACUUCCAUCAAAAUUGAUAAUUUCAAUUCAAUCACAGGAAAUUCAGUCACUUUACCUCAUGCAUGCCUCUCUAGUGUCACUGCCACUGAUACAGGUGAUGAUUCUAAUAACAAGAACUGUGGACCUGAUCCAUAUUUAAUCAUUCAUGAAUCGUCCACAUUUAUUGAUCAACAGUUCUUGAAGUUACAAGAAAUCCCUGAAUUGGUCCCAGUGGGGGAAAUGCCCAGAAAUAUAACAAUGUCAUGUGAUAGAUAUUUAACUAAUCGUGUUAUCCCAGGGACAAGAGUCACUAUCGUGGGUAUUUAUUCCAUUUAUAGUUCCAAGAAGAGAGGCUACAAUAGUAAUAAUGAUGGUGGUGGUGUGGCCAUUAGAAAUCCAUUCAUUAAAGUGUUGGGGAUUCAAACUGAUGUGGAGACAAGUUCCAUUUGGAACUCCGUCACAAUGUUUUCUGAAGAAGAAGAGGAGGAAUUCUUGCAAUUAAGCAGGAGAGAAGAUUUAUAUGAAGUAUUAACUAAAUCCAUUGCUCCUUCCAUCUUUGGCAAUGAAGACAUUAAGAAAGCUAUAGUUUGUUUAUUAAUGGGUGGUUCUAAGAAAUUACUACCUGACGGGAUGAGAUUAAGAGGUGACAUUAACGUUUUAUUAUUGGGGGAUCCAGGUACAGCCAAAUCUCAAUUACUAAAAUUUGUAGAAAAAGUUUCUCCAAUCGCCGUUUAUACUUCUGGUAAGGGUUCAUCCGCAGCAGGUUUAACAGCAAGUGUGCAAAGAGAUCCUGCAACAAGAGAAUUUUAUUUAGAAGGUGGUGCUAUGGUCUUAGCUGAUGGGGGUGUUGUUUGUAUUGAUGAAUUCGAUAAAAUGAGAGAUGAAGAUCGAGUUGCCAUUCAUGAAGCAAUGGAACAACAAACCAUAUCUAUCGCCAAGGCAGGUAUUACCACUGUGCUUAAUUCAAGAACAAGUGUUUUAGCUGCGGCUAAUCCAAUUUAUGGUCGUUAUGAUGAUUUAAAAUCACCAGGUGAAAAUAUUGAUUUCCAAACAACAAUUUUAUCUCGUUUUGAUAUGAUCUUUAUCGUCAAGGAUGAACAUAACGAAGCGCGUGAUAUUUCAAUUGCUAAUCAUGUCAUUAAUAUCCAUACAGGUAACUCUACCACUCAACAGGAUCAAGAUUUGGAAAAUUCAGGUUCUGAAUUGAGUAUGGAAAAGAUGAAAAGAUAUAUUACCUAUUGUAGAAUAAAAUGUGCGCCAAGGUUAUCAGUGCAAGCCGCUGAAAAAUUAUCCUCUCAAUUCGUUACUAUAAGAAAACAAUUAUUAAUUAAUGAAUUAGAAUCUACUGAAAGAUCCUCCAUUCCAAUUACCAUCCGUCAAUUAGAGGCUAUUAUUCGUAUCACAGAGUCAUUAGCAAAAUUGGAGUUAAGUCCUGUUGCCCAUGAAAGACAUGUAGAGGAAGCUAUCAGAUUGUUCCAAGCAUCAACAAUGGAUGCAGCAUCACAAGAUCCAAUCGGUGGUCUAAACCAAACUGGUAACGGUUCCAAUAUUAUGGCAGAAAUCCGUCGUAUUGAAUCAGAAUUAAAGAGAAGAUUGCCCAUUGGUUGGUCCACAUCCUAUCAAACUUUAAGAAGGGAAUUUGUCGAAAGUAAUAGGUUUUCACAAGGUGCCCUUGAUAAGGCGUUAUAUGCUUUGGAAAAACAUGAUACUAUCCAACUAAGGCACCAAGGCCAAAAUAUAUAUAGAAGUGGAGUAUGA